GGUAAUCUGCGCACUCAAUGCCACACGGGCUGCAGUGCGCACUGGCUGCGCGCUUUGCUGUAGAAGCGCAUGCUGAAGAAGAUAAACCCGUCGGUGUUUGAGCGUGUUUUGUUGGUUUGGUUGUCUGGAUAUCACAGGGACGCGGAGAAGAAGCAUGUAGGAAGCUUUCACGCAACUUUCCUGGAGGCAGAAAAAAAUCUCUCCGCAGAUGGAGAGUGACUUAUGGGGACUGUUAGCCAUGGAUACUGCGGAUCAACUCAACACGACUCAAGUGAUAGACUCACUGCUUGAAUUUAAAUCCUCAAACUGCUGCUCGACCACCAGCUCGACAUACGAUGAGAACUUCUUGAAGCUGGACGACAGCACGAAGCUGGUCGGAGUUCAAGUUAUUCUCAUCCUCGCUUACAGCACCAUCAUACUGUUUGGAGUCAUCGGAAACUCUUUGGUGAUAUAUGUCGUCUACAAGUUUAAAAACUUACGGACUGUGACUAAUUUCUUCAUAGUGAACUUGGCGGUGGCAGACUUGCUGGUGAACACGCUGUGUUUGCCGUUCACGCUCGUCUACACACUGUACGGCGAGUGGAAGUUUGGUCAGGUGUUGUGCUUCAUGCUGCCGUGCGCUCAGGGCAUGGCGGUGCACGUGUCCACCAUCACCAUGAACGUCAUCGCCCUGGACCGCCACCGCAGCAUCAUCUACCACACGGAGACCAAGAUGUCCAAAGACAUGUGCGCUGUGGUCAUUAUCAUCACCUGGGCCGUCAGCGCCCUGUUGGCCAGCCCGCUCGCCAUCUUCAGGGAGUACGGAACGUUCGACCUCUCGCCGGACGAGUCCAUUCAGGUGUGUACGGAGAAGUGGCCGGGAACCAGCAUGAACGGAAGCAUCUACAGCAUAUCAGCACUUCUGAUUCAGUACGGUUUACCUCUGGCCAUCAACUGCGUCGCCUACAUUCGCAUCUGGAGUAAGCUGAAGAAUCACAUGACUUACGGGGGCCGAAACGACCGCCAUCAGCGCAGGAAGAAGACCACAAAGAUGCUGCUGACCAUGGUGGUGGUCUUCGCCGUCAGCUGGUUGCCUUUCCAUGCGUUCCAGCUGGCCGUCGACAUCGACAGCAGCGUGUUGUACAUGAAGGACUUUAAGCUGCUUUUCACCGUGUUCCACAUUGUGGCAAUGUGCUCGACGUUUGUCAACCCCAUCCUGUACGGGUGGAUGAACAACAACUACAGGACGGCGUUUUUCUCCGUGUGUAAGUGCGUCCCGCCCUUCAGUUUGGGGCCAAGUAGCUCCAAAGACAAAGAGACACCAAAGAAUGGAGUGAGGGUUUGUACAUAUAUAAAAUCAACAAAUGUCUAAGUUGCAUGGUUAAAGAUGGCUCAUUGAUAAUCUUUAGUGGAAAUGUAAAA